AUGAACAAUCACCUCAUAAAAGACUGUUUGAUCCAUAUCUUCACUUUUCUGACAGAAGAAGAGCUGUUCAGAGCCUCUGCUGUGUGUAAGGACUGGAAUGAUGCUGCAGAGACUCCGUGGUUGUGGAGGAGGAUGUCACUGCGGCGUUGGCUCUUCUGUAACCCCGGGGGAGAUGGGGCUCUGUCCUGGAAAAAGUACUUCCUCCGUCGGUCCCACCUGGAGAAGAAGAUGAGCCAGGGCAAAAGCGGAGGCUACAGCUGCAAAAGUCUGAGAGGACACACAGGCAGGGUGAUAGGACUGUCUUACCUGAACAGAGGCUCAGCAGAUUCCCCUGAGCUCUGGAGCAGCACCGCAACUGUGUGCAGCGCCUCAUCUGACGGGACCGUGAGAGCGUGGAGCGUCCACAACGGUGACCUCCUGUGGACCAGCCCUCCAUCCCAGAACCCAAUGACGGACAUGGUCACUGAUCAACAGCACAACCUGGUGGCCACCGCUGACUCUGCAGGUCUUAUCGCCACUUGGCACGGUCAAACUGGGCAGCAGAUGGCCACAUAUUCCUCUGGAUUUUCUCACAGCAAGUUACUCCAAUAUGUCAUCAACAACGACUGGUUUCUGAGUGUGGGAGGCGGUGUUGGGUCUGUGAUAACUUUAGCAGGACCAGAUUUAACCAAGAGGUCGACUUUUAUGGUCUGCGACUCUUUUCGAGUUACAACACUGCUAAUUUCACCGGAUAAAAAGUGGAUCGCAGCGGGGACGAGUGACAACAUCGAUCUUAGUGCCAAGGUUAUGUACACAGAGAGUUUUACUUCCGAAUCGGAGGACGAGGAGCCAGUGGUCCAGUCUCUGCCAGUGGCCGGGUGCCAAGCGGCUGUUUUUAUAGCCACACACGCGUCCAGACUGGUGAUAGUCCACACCGGGCCGCAGCGGAGCAACAUCCUGACUGUAUUCGACAUCUGUCUUAAGAAAUCCAAGUACAAGACGGAAAUUAUAGUUAACCAGGUGAAGUCAUUUGAUUUUCCCCAAGUCCGCUCCUCCUCUCCUAAACUCCUGGAAGCCAAAGACAGCAGCUGCUUUCUGUUAGCAGCAGACCAUCAACUCUUUGUCUACUCUCUGACCGGGGAAUUGCUCCAAAGCUUUUCGGACCACACUAUGCAAAUCUCUGCAAUAUCAGUGGACAGCUUCCGUGUCGUGACUGCUUCUCUGGACCUCUCUAUGCGAGUUUUAACAUGGACAAAUCGCAGAGACGCUGAACAAACACUAGAGGGCCGCUACCACUUACUGGGAGGAUCGCAUUCAAUGUCAAGAGGAUUCACUCACGUUGUGUGCGAUUACUCCAGCAUCGUGGCAUCGGUCCAGGGCACGGACGGAAAAGAUGUUUUGAAAGUAUAUCGAUUCACCUCUUAA